CCGAACGAUACUUUGUUUCCACUGGCGACACGUGACCCGUCGCGUCGCUACAUCGUGUUACUGAACUGUGUCUUUCAACUUCGUGCGUCGUGGGGGGGGUUUCGUGUCUCGCUGUGUGUGGCGUGUCAGUGUUACACGUCAAAGGCACGUGACGAGGAGAAGUUUGAGGAAGUGCGGAGAAGAUCAGCCUGGAACUCCUUCUCCUCCUCCUCCUCCUCCUGCUGCUGCUGCUGCUCUUCUUCUUCUUUUUCUCUUCUUCUCUCUGCGCCGCGUCCCCUCCCUCCUCCCUGUCGCUCCAACUAAGUCCGGCUCCGGGUCCGAGUCCGAAUCCGAAUCCGAAUCCGACGUCCAUGGCCGCCUACGCCUCGGUGCCGCUGAAGAAGAGCUCGGAGGUGGACUUGGCCAAAGCGCUCUCCAAGUAUGUGAAGAACACGUACGCGAACCACGGGGACCAGGACGAGUAUCUCCGAGCCGUGGAGGAGCUCAACAAGCUGAGGAAGAGCGCGCUGGGGAGACCCCUGGACAAGCACGAGAACUCCCUGGAGAUCCUCUACAGGUACUAUGAUCAGCUGUGCGCCGUGGAGCCCAAAUUUCCUUUCUCCGGAAACCAGCUCUGCCUCACGUUCACAUGGAAAGAUGCCUUUGAUAAGGGCACCUUGUUCAGCGGUUCGGCCAAACUGGGUCUGCCCAGCGUGGGCUAUGAGAAGACUUGUGUGCUGUUCAACGUGGGCGCCCUGGCCAGCCAGAUCGCUGUGGAGCAGCGGCUGGACACCGACGAGGGCCUGAAGACGGCAGCCAAGUACUACCAGGUGGCCAGUGGAGCCUUUGGCCACAUCAAGGACACGGUGCUGUCGGCACUGACCUGCGAGCCCACGGUGGACAUCUCCCCCGACUGCGCCGGCGCACUCAGCCUCAUCAUGCUGGCACAGGCCCAGGAGGUCGUCUUCCUCAAGGCCACCUCCGACAAGAUGAAGGACGCCAUCAUCGCCAGGCUGGCGACUCAGGCUGCUGACUUCUACGGCGAGGCUUUCAAGACGUGCCACUACAAGGACAACUUGGCCAAGUUUUUCUACUUCCAGGAAGUGCUGCCGGUGCUCGGGGCCAAACACUGCCUCCUGCAGGCCAGCGCCGAGUAUCACCAGGCCGCCGUGGCCAAGCAGCAGAAGAAGUUUGGGGAGGAGAUCGCCAGGCUGCAGCUUGCGGCAGAGUUGCUGAAGACCGUCAAGUCCCGCUACGAGGAGUACGUCAACGCCAAGAACCUUACGGACAAGGUGUCCCGCGCCCUGACGGCAGCCAAGAAGGACAACGACUUCAUCUACCAUGACCGCGUUCCGGAAACCAGAGACCUGGAGCGCAUCGGCAAGGCCGCCCUGGUCAAACCCACCGCCAUCCAGGUGCCCCUCAGCCAGAAGUUCACGGACAUUUUUCAGAAGAUGGUGCCCAUGGCGGUGCAGGAGGCCCUGAGCAGCUGCAGCCACAGGAGGGCCGAGCUCAUCAACAGACUCGUCGGCAACAUGCGGGAGGCCACCGUGCUGCUCAACGGGGUGCUGGCGUCCCUGAACCUCCCCGCCGCCCUGGAGGACCUGUCCGGGGACUCGGUGCCCCAGUCCAUCCUGGAGAAGUCCCGCGCCGUCGUCCAGCAGGGGGGGCUGCAGAGCAUCGAGCGGCUCAUCAAAGAGCUUCCCGAGCUGCUGCAGAGGAACAGGGAGAUAUUGGACGAGUCGCUGAAAAUACUGGACACUGAGGAGCAGACGGACAACGAGCUGCGGGCCAACUUCACCCACCGCUGGCAGCGGACCCCCUCCGGCGAGCUCUACAAGUCCCUCAGAGCAGAGGGCGCCAAUUACCGCGGGGUCCUGGACCAGGCGGUGCAUGCUGACCAGGUGGUGCGGGAGCGCUACAACGCCCACUGCGAGACCAUUGCCCUGCUGUGCAAGCCGGAGGCGGAGCUUAGCGCCGCCAUCCCCUCUGCCAACCCGGCCAAGACCCUGGAGGGCAGCGAGGUGGUCGGAGUGCUGCGCGCACAGCUGGCUCAGCUGGACCAGCUGAAGAAGGAGCGCGAGCAGCUGGAGAACGACAUCAAGUCCACGCAGUUCGACAUGACCACCAAGUUCCUGACCGCGCUGGCCCAGGACGGCGCCAUCAACGAGGAGGCCCUGUCCGUCACGGAGCUGGACGGCGUCUAUGGCGGCUACACGCAGAAGGUCCAGCAGAGCCUCAAGACCCAGGAGGAGGUGCUGGACCGCGUGCAGACAUCCCACAAGGAGUUCUCCAGCAUGAAGCAGUCCAACCAGCAGGCCGUCUUGAGGGAAGAGGUGCUGAAGAAGCUGGCCUCUGCCCAUGACAGCUACAUGGAGAUCUUCAAAAACCUGCACGAGGGUACCAAGUUCUACAACGACUUGACAGAAAUACUGCUCAAGUUCCAGAACAAGUGCAGUGACAUCGUGUUCGCCCGUAAAACCGAGAGGGAGGAGCUCCUCAAAGACAUCCAGGAGAGUAUCGCCAACGAGCCCAGCGCGCCCGCGAUCCCCUCCACGCCGUCCUACCACGCCGCUCCCGCGGCCGCGGCCACACCCCCGACUCCGGCUACAUCCGCUCAAGGCCCCGCCGCGCCCCCUCCAGCCGCAGCCGGUCCUGCCCCCGGCGCCCCGACUCCGGCCCCGAGGACCGUUUUCUCUGUACACAAAAGCCAACCACCAGCACGACCUCCUCCUCCUCCUCCAGUCUUCUCCACCCAGGCAGCUGCCCCUGCCUCCACCUCCACCGUGACCUCCAGCUCCACCACCCAGCCCUCCAGCAACCCCUUACCACAGACUGGCGCUGAGGCAGCUUUCGCUCAGGCACAAGGGCCUCCCUACCCCACAUACCAGGGUUAUCCAGGGUUCUACGCGAUGCCCAUGCCCUACUUCCCUUACGGCUACGGUCAGUACAACAUGCCCUUCGUGCCCUUCCAGAACAUGGGACCCACAGGCUUCGCUGGGUCCGGACAGCCUCCGCAGCCCCAGGCUUACAGCCCAUCGCAGCCGCAGCAGCCGCACUACCCUUAGGUCUGGAAUGACCUGGAAUUGUCUUCUUACGUGAUGCUCCGAAUGUCCACCACGUUCUGUAUAUGAGCGACUCUGUGUGUUUUGUAGGUAACACUACGUCUGUUGUUUAAAAAAAGUAUAUUUUCUUAUACUGGGUGACUUUUGCCACCGUCCCCCACAGCUAUAUCCAGGUUUCCUUUAUACAUAAUUUUUUUGUAACACCGGUGUGAGCUGUAUAACAUUCUUCGUCACGAUGUCGGGGUUCAACGGGAGCGGAUUUGUGCGACGGAAUUUCGAUUUUACUCACUACUGUGCUGGGUUGGGGGGACUUGACCUCUUUGCAUCCUUUUCCGAUGAAUGAUGUGUAAAAUCACAGAGUCAGAUAACAGAAGUAUCUACUGAGGAAGCUGUAUAGUAAAUAUAUGCAGUUGAACACAUGGGGCUUUUGCUCUGAGUGCAUUAUUCUCCCUCUCACUGAUUUCUCUUCAUGCUUGAUGGUUGUUAAACUUACUGUUUCCUGUGAUAUUCUCUUGCUUUGUACUGAAGCUGUACAUUGAACUAUGAAGAGAUUUUUAUUGCACCAUAGAGCUGAAUGUAACGGUGAAAUGUUAGAAUCUAAAGCGCAUAAAAGAAACUGCUG